GUAGUUGUGUUUUUCAAUUUUCUCUUUUUGGAAUGUUUGUGUUAUACAGAUUGUGAAAUUUAUCAGCUAUGUAUGGCUCACUGCUGAUUUUAUGAGAGAGAAAAUAAGAAGCUUCAAUUGUAAAUAUAUUUUUUAAACUGAAAUGUAUUGAGUUGAGGAGCCUUAUGCCGGUUGGGUUUUUGGCUUUGUAAGCUGUCCCAAAUUAAUGGAGCUGAAGGUCUGGGUCGAGGGGAUACAAAGGAUUGUUUGUGGAGUAACUGAGACUACCACUUGUCAGGAUGUAGUCUUUGCAUUGGCUCAUGCUACUGGAAAAGUGGGUAGAUUCACAUUGAUCGAACGAUGGAGGAAUAAUGAGAGACUCUUAGCUCCACAAGAAUAUCCUCUUAAGAUUCUAAUGAAAUGGGGUGAAUAUUCCAACGAUAUACAGUUCAUUCUAAGAAGAUCUGAUAGCAGCGAUAACCAAAAAUUUUUACCACCUAAUAGCAAUAUAAAAUCACCAAAUGGAAAUGGUCAAACAACACUAAAUCCCAAUGUACAAGAUAAGCAGAAUUCACCAAAUAGGCCAAACUCAACUGGAUUUAACAAUGUUAAUACAUCACCAAGUAAUCCGGUGGGUGUUGUAAGGGGUAUACAACAAAGUAAGACUCCAGAUGAUAGUCCAGUAUCUAAAGAUGUUCCUCCUUAUAGGGAUCCCCCACCACCAUACAGAUCUCCCCCUCCACCUCAAGGAGUUCGGAAAUCUCCCAGCCGCUCGAGACCUCGCUCACAUAUGUCACCCGUAAAUGAACCUGAUGAAGAACGGAAUCCAGAGGCAGUCAGCUAUAACACUCAAUAUAGAGAGCUGGUGUCGCUUGUAAAUUAUCAGAGGGACAAACUUUCCAGCCAGCAAGUUGAUUUGAUAAAAUAUGAUGCAGAGAUAGGCUACUGGGAAAACAAAGGCAGAGAGCAGGAAAGACAAGUGGAACUCUUACAACAACAAAUUAACUCAGCUGACAGUCAACUUAGAAUUAGCACAGAACAGGUACAAGCAUUAAACUAUGUUGAGGAGGAAAGCGAAAUAGCGAAACAAAAUGAGAAGACUUUAAAAUCAGAGAUUGUACUGGUUCGAUCUAAACUAGCCAAUUGUGAGACAGAACUUUUACAAUGUAAGAACAAGAUACGAAAAGUCAUGGAAGAAAUACAUACUGAACAAAGACUUCUAAAUGGCCGUCAACAAGAGAAUCGACAAGCUUUGGAAAGGACAAUGUUGGCAGAAAUGGAUGGACUUCAAACGCAGAUACAACAAGCAAAACAUGCCACAGAGAUCAACCACUUAACCGCUGAAAAUCUGAAACGAGAGGUGGGUGUACUCGAAACAGCCAUAAUGGAGAAGAAGCGUCAGGUGGAACGGCUAGUUCAGGAAAUGAAGGAAGCUAAUCUUCAGAGUCUUACUGGUAGUGUGGACGAGCUUCGGCAUCCGUUAGACGGCAUGUGCAAAGCAGGCAGCGCUAGAAGGAUUAUUGGGUCUCCGAGACAGCUUGAGAACGCCGCCCCCACAAAUAAGAACCCACAUGGAGUUUGGGUAUAAAACUAGUAAUAUAUAUUUACUAAUUUUAAAGUUUUAUACAAAAAACACAAGAAACACUCUCCUACACACACAUACAUAAAAAAACAUGUUCUGUACGUCAGCAAUCUAAUUGUUUUAAUUAUUAUUAAAUAUCGAUUUUAAAAAAUGAGAUCCUAUGAUGUUAUAAUGUAAUUUACAUUAAAUACCUAUUACCUAUAUAGAUUAUUGCAAAUGUCAUAAAAAUUAAGUUCUAUAAGAAUUUUCUAUAGAAUAUAGUCUCCAACCCGUUUGAUAGUCCAAUUUAGAAACAACUAGCCAAUCACAGACACGCGAUGCCAUCCAUCGUUUACGUUGACGCAAUACUUAUGCGAGAAAUCGUUUAGUCUAUGUUUUACAUUGAAUGCCCCUGACGUUUUACAUAGAACACGGGC